CAGCAAAGUGCUCGGACCAAAGUGAACAGGUAUCGCGGAAUUCGGACAUGCGCACAGUUUCGCCCGACCGGCGUCUUAACAUGUGCAGCGGGAUUAGCAGGAAUAGGUACACACGUUAAACAAGACCGGAAUGAUUGGAUAUCGAUGCACGCGUUCCGACGAUGAUCAAUAAGUGAUUGGAUUUUUCGAUAUAUAUUUCGUUUUCGGGUUAUAUUAUUUGGUUCCAAGGGGGUUAGGGAAACAUGGAGCCGAACCAGGACAUGGACAUGGAGAUGGAGUGGUCGAUGCUCAACACUACCAUUUCCGAAUGGAGCGAGGAAGAUUUGCAAUUGGCAGCAGAACUGGGCAAAACGUUACUCGAGCGUAAUAAAGAAUUGGAGGCAUUGGUCAAAUGCCAGGUGACCACGAUCGAUGAUCAAGCACAAGAAAUAGAGUACUUGACGAAACAAACCGCGGCCCUGCGAGAAGUGAACGACUCACGUUUGCGCAUCUAUGAGCAACUGGAGGUCAGCAUCCAGGACUUGGAACGAGCCAACCAUCGACUGGCACUCGAAAACUCGGCGGACAAAAAACACAUCAAAAGCCUAAACGCGACCGUUGAAUCGCUUGAAGCGAAAUGCGAGGAUCUACAAGGCGUCAUUGAUGAACUGCGGAUCCAAGUUGACGGAUUAAGGAAGAGGACGCAGCAGCGUGCGGAAUCAGAAACUACCUACACAAACAAGGAGUAUAUUAACUUAAGACAUGUGACGAAAGAUGAUCGUGUCAGUCCCGAUAUCACAGCACCUAAAAAUGAGGUGUACAGCGCAAAUAGUUCGUCCAGUUCCUCCUCGACGAAGACUUUGUCACCGCCGAAACAAAAGCAGGAGGAACCACCAGCGCAAAACGGCGAAGAAACGGACCCCGGCAUAGAUGUGGCCGCUUUGAUGGCGCAGUUACGGGAAACCAGAAGCCAACUGUGCAGAGAAGAACGACGAAGUGCCGAGCUAGAGGAACAGUUAUCCACGAUGGUGCAGCAGAACCAGGCGCUGGAAAACCAAGUAGUCGAGCUGCACCACAAGAAUGAUGACGUUAAAAGCAUGCACGAGGAACUCAACACCUUAGAAGAAGUCAGACAAGGGCAAAUGUGUGCGCGGUGCCUGCGCAACGUGGACGCGAGCUCGAGCAUACCGGAGGACGACGACUCAAGCAUGCUCGAAGCACUGAUGAACGAGUCCCAGUACCGCAGCUCAUUCUACAUGGAGGUGCAGGGUUCGCCGGCGGUCCCACAAUCCUCCCCAAUGGUUCACUCAUCGCCCAGCACCAAAAAAGAAAACCCCUACAAAGUGCUGGUAGAAAAAUACGAAGCACUGGUUGAAGUACAUCGUCAGCCCAUCCGUACUUCGUUACAAGAAGACAUCCCCACUUCCGGUGAGUUCAACACCUUAUCCACAAAAGACACGGACGAAGAAAGCGGGCACGGGGACAGUCUCCAACCUGAAGGAGUGCAACAACACAAAAAGACCAGAAAAACUGUGUCCCACACUCCCACUGAUUUUAGCGAAGCUGAGACUAGUUCAUCCGGCUUCUCAGACGAAACUAGCAAUAAAGCGACACAGACUGAAGGGAAGGUCGGCUCGUUCCUGUGCACAAUCGGAGACGGAGACGAUUGCAAGUUCACCAUCUACGACGACGCGAACCCCAUAGAAACCAGAUUCAGAUCCAGGCCCGAGUAUCAAAAACUGUUCAAGGAAAUCUUUACGGUUUUGAAACGAGCGGCCGAAACGAAAGACGAGGAAGAGAAACUGCCCCAGUUAGACGAUUUAACACCGGUGAAAAAUGUGCCGAAAGUACCUCCCGUCACACCUUCCAACGAUCAACUUCCAGAUUUCCCAGACGAUGACACGCAAAGCAUCCUCUCCUCGACCAUGUCGGAAAUGUCAACGUCCCAAAACGAACCCACAACGGUGAUCGAGAAUAUAAUCCAGAGCCAAAACGAACCGAUCCCCGAACCGGAAACGCCAGCUAACACGAGCAACGAAAGAGUACUCAGACCACUGGUGCGCCAACAGAACGACUACAUCUGCGAGGGUAGAAAACGGUCGUCGUCGCGCCGCAAAAACAAAUUCCUCGACCGCUCAGACUCCCCGGUUACUCAUAUAAUUGGCAGCCCCAAAAUCAACUAUUCGAGCCGUCCCAACUCGGGUCGUAGACGCAGGGAAAUGAAGAACGCGAGUCUGGACAGUCUGGAGACGAAUUGGAACGGCAACACUCUACAUUUUACAAGAUCUGCACCGAGGAAUCUGCCCUCUCCCACGCCCAGUCAGGGCAGUGGGAAGGGAGUGAUCGAGUUCAAACCCAGUUCGGCGUCCCAGGAUCUGCACAAGCUCAGGAAACUGGAGCAAUCGUACGCGGACGUGCUGAGGAACGCAGACACGCGCAAAAGAGAGAUGAUCAUGAGGCACAGAAAAAAGUAGAUGUUGCGUCCCGCGUCGAUUUUAAGUUUUUAUCAUUUGUACAUUUUACGUUUUUGUUUUCAUUUGAGUUCUCCUUGUAAAUAUUGAUAUUAUGUUUAGUGUUUUUUAACUUGUUUUUUGUAAUGUGUUAUUUGUUUAUUAUUAUUAUUUUUUUUUAAUUAAACAAUCAUUCGUGUCGCGAAAUUUCUUGGGGUUGUCUCAAGAGAAGCGUUUGUCUGUGCCAAGAAAACUGAUUUAUGUUCACUACAAGUAUUUAUUGCACAUUUAAAUUAAAAAAAUACUUUUUAAAAAUA